AUGUCAGGCUCUGGAUCUGGACCAGGGUCCGACUACGAUGAGGGGGAGUUGGUGGAGCCCUGCGAGGAGGAUGCCCAGUCCUCCUACUCCCAGGAGGUGGGGCAACGCGAGCGCUAUCCCCUGGAUCGUUUCUCGCAUUUGACCGCAUCGGCUGUGGUCAGGAUGCGUAUGGCGAUGCCGGUCCAGCCCGCCUCGCCUCCGGUGGACUAUUUACAGUCCCUCGCUCCCUCCCCCCGGCGACGCAGACCAUCUCCGUCCUCCGCGGGCUCCUCGUCCCACGGCACGGCGUCCGGGUUAUGCGGAGCGAAGAACCCGUGA